AGAGAGAGAGAGAGGGAGAGAGAGAGAGACAGACAGCAAGGGUGAGGGGGGAAAAAAGAGACUUAACUGCAACAAAACUGUGACCUGACCAGAUUUUCAUGUCCAGAAUAUACAAAUUUUACAGUGACCUGCUGAAGAACCAACCAGGAAUACGUUACUGAGGUGCAUGUCAGUUCAGACAGCAGACUAGGAUCUUGGCGCCUAAAGGGUAAGUGAGGGACAGAGAGGACACAGUGUGGAGGCCGUGGUUAGCGCAUGGCUGUGACACAGGCUACUUUGCCUUCCUUCAGUUCCUUCUCAAACUUCUACAGCUCCGUGGACUCCAUGGCGAUGUGGAAGGUGGAGGACUGCCCUAUGAGCCUACCCUCACCACCAGAGAGAGCCAUGUGUGUCAGCCAGAGUGCUAACCACACGGAUGCCUCUCGACCACACCAGAGUGAGGGAUGCUGGGAUGUGGAGUUCUUGCUGUCUGAAUGGGGCAAUUUAUCACCUGAUCAAAGCGACAGUCAGCAGUAUGCCUCCCAGCAUUCCCUGCAGCAGGAGCAGGUUCACGAUGGGGUCAGGCAGAGCGAUCUCCUGCCUCACCAUGAGUGCUUGAUCUCGCCCGUCCCUGAUCUCUAUGGUGACGGCUACACCUCAGGGCAGCAGGGGAAAUGCUUCCAGCACCUCAGUCCCCAAAAUGCGCUCAUGCCCUCUCAACAGGUCACAGUGAGCAGAGAUGCGGCAGCUGUAGGGAAAGUGAGACCCUGGGAGUUUGGGCACUACUACCCCCAUUCAUCCCCCAUGACUCAUUUCCCUGAGGCGAAAUAUGGCCAGACAUCAGCUGUGGGUGCAGAGACUCAGGUCCCGCCACUACAUUACAGCUUCAUUCAGAAUUACGCCCACCCAAGAAACUACCCGCCGCCGGCCAGCUACACCCACUUCCCCCCUGCACACAGCAUGCUUCCUGAAACCACGGCGCCCCCCGCUGGGCAUGAAGGGAAACGCAGUCGCAGAUCAACAGUGAAGAGAAGAGCUGCCGUGCACAGCUGUGAUUACCCCGGCUGCCACAAGACCUACACCAAGAGUUCCCAUCUUAAAGCACACCUACGCACACACACAGGAGAGAAGCCAUACCACUGUAACUGGGAGGGUUGUGGUUGGAAAUUUGCUCGUUCUGAUGAGUUAACGCGUCACUACCGUAAACACACGGGACAAAAACCAUACGAGUGUGGGCUGUGCCAGAGAGCCUUUAGCCGGUCUGACCACCUGGCCCUGCAUAUGAAGAGACACACCUGAUCUCUUCCUCUCUGUUUCUCUGUCUCUCUCUCACACACACACACACACACACACACACACACAC